AUGUUUGCAUCAUAUUAUAUGGUAGUAAUUGCUUUGCCGUUGUAUAUCGCGCAAGCAACGGUACCAAACGAUGAGAGUCCGCUAAUACAAGCAGGGAUAAGAAAUGACAGGGAAACAACGAUCGUGCCUAAUGACAAUAAGGCAAAUGAAAAACGGUUCAAGUGUGAGCUAUGCGAUAGGCAAUUUAGACAUGCAGGCAAUCUGAAAUAUCAUAUGAGGAUACAUAUCGGUGAAAAAAAUGACAUAUGUGAGGUGUGCGAUAAGCAAUUCGGGCGUGCAGGCAUUCUUAGAUACCACAUGAGGAUACAUACCGGUGAAAUAAAUUACACAUGUAAGGUAUGUGAUAAGCGAUUCAAUCGUGCAUACAAUCUGAAGCGCCAUAUGACGGCGAUACAUACUGGCGAAAAAAUUACACAUGUGUCAAAUGAUGGGAAUCUGCCAAUUCAAGCAGGAAUAAGAAAUGACAAGGAAAUAACGACUGUAGCUAAUGACACUAAGACAAAAGAAAAAUCGUUCAAAUGUGAGAUAUGCGAUAAGCGAUUCAGACGUGCAAGCAGUUUGAAGCGCCAUAUAAGGAUACACACCGGUGAAAAAAAUUACAUAUGUAAGAUAUGCGAUAAGCAAUUUAUACAAGCAUACAAUCUGAAACGCCAUAUGGCGACACAUACUGGUGAAAGGAAUUACGCAUGUAAGGUAUGCCAAAAAACAUUCAAACAGUCUGACCAUCUGAAGAAACACGAAUUGACGCACAGAAACGUACAAAGUUCGAAUUUCACUCGAACAGAUAAUUUGAAAGAAUACAUGAAUACGCAUAAAAGUUCGAGUGAAAAGCUGUAUUCGACAGUGAGCCCCUUCAUAUCGAUACCAGAGGUCAUCGAUACAGAAAUAUUAAUACGAGAAAUUAUUGCAUUCGUUGGCAUAUAA